AUGUUCUAUCGGCUCAACCGUGCCAAAGACUUUUUCAUCGUCUUCGAUCCAGCAAGCAGCUCACAACGCUCCAGGGCAGUAAGCGUCUCAGUCAUGGUGCUGGAGGACGUCGACCUCAACGACUUUGAGCUCUUCCGUGCGUGUGGCCCGCUCUAUCCAGCCUUUGCGAUCGAGAGCCUCACCAGCAUCAUUCUCGGGCUGUUCUUCACCUACCUCGCCCUCCGCAUUGUCGUGAGGACCGAUGUCAAGCAGCCGAUAAAUGCAGUGUGGCUUAUGUUCCGUGAUUACGUCUCUCCAGCGGCGGACCAGUGGUGGACUUUGAUGAAGACGUGGCCAGACAUGCCGAGCAAGCCCUGUUCGGACAGGAUCGCAUACUGCCGAAACCUGAACAUCGCCAUGUGCAUUGCGCAGGCACUCGCCGCAUUCUUCUCCGUGUUCCGCUGGCUGCACAUUGGCAAUGUGAACGGUCUCCGAUACCUCGGCUAUGCCUUCACCUGCUCGCUGAUGCAGGCUGAGUUGGCGGAGUUGGUGGUUCUCAUCGCACCUUAUGUCCCUUGCUACAAGUUCAACGUCGUCACUCUGGACUGGAUCGAGGUGCUGCGCACAUGGCACUUUCAGAAAGUCAUCUUCACACACGCAUUCCUCAUCUGCGGCUGGAUCGGCUCCUUGCACGAUGGCUUCUUGUUUGAAGACGCCUCGUGGGAGCUCUUCAAGUCGUCCUGGGAGGUUGCAGACUUGGUGAUCACGAACAAGGGCAUCACUAUUGGCAUCACGGCGUCUUGCCUCUGCUUCCUGUGCUUCGUGCAGAUGCCCUUCCUGGCCUUGUGCUACUUCUGCGCAGGAGGGUGCCGUGCAAAUCGCGACCUCCCAUACCACUACCUUCGCUUGAUGUGCAGCGUCUGGUUCACUUGGCCGGCAUUCCCAUGCUGGUGGAUGGUGUCUGCUGAAGGUCUUGGUCUCUUCGGCGAUGCGAAGAGCAACGCCGUGGGCUUCGCCGUCUUAAACAUGAUCUCCAAGGGCAGCUUCACGUUGUCCAUGCUCAAGAUCGGUGCCGACCACCGUCGCAGGUGGCCAGACAUCGUGCCGGCGACGAAGAGAAGCCAGAGCUGGUUGGUUGAGAAGCUCCAGGUCUACGAAUCGGAAAAACCCAAUGGAAAGGAGCAGAAGCUCUCAUUGCAAGAGAACAAGGCGACCGAGGAGGAUGACGCGAAGGUGCAACGGCCUGCAGCGGGAGCAGAGACGCUCUGGGUGUGA